GUCAAGUACAAAGAGAAGUACGAGAAGGCGAAGGGCCACUACGUUCCCGUCAUGGACACUCCUCAGAUCCUUCACGCCAAGGCCGUGCGCGUGCUGGCGUCAGAGGUGAAGUACAAGGAGAAGUUUGACAAGGAGAUGAAAGGAAAGAGACCACAAUAUGACAUGAAAGAGAGUAAGAUUUAUAAGACUCUGAAGGAUGCCAAUGAACUGGCCAGUGAGUACCGCUACAAGAGGAAGUUUGAGGAGAGUAAGGGUCACUACCACAUGAUCCCAGACACCCCAGAGCAGCUCCAUCUCAAGGAGGCUUCUGAGCUCCAGAGCAACGUUAAAUACAAGGAGAAAUACGAGAGGGAGAAGGGCAAACCCAUGCUGGACUUUGAGACUCCCACAUAUGUGACGGCUAAGGAGGCGCAGCACAUGCAGAGCCAGAAAGACUAUAGGAAGGACUUUGAGGAGUCCAUGAGGGGAAAGAACCUCUCGGGCUUGGAGGUCACCCCCGCCAUGAUUCAUGUCAGACACGCCACCAAAAUAGCCAGUGAGAGAGAGUAUAAGAAGUCUUUGGAGCAGGAGAUAAAGGGCAAGGGAAUGUUGGCUCUGGCCACGGACACCCCGGACUUCAUGAGGGCGAGAAAUGCCACCGACAUCCUCAGCCAGACCAAGUACAAGCAGACGGCUGAGAUGGACAGGGCGAGCUACACCACGGUCAUCGACACCCCCGACAUCAUCCACGCCCAGCAGAUGAAGAACAUCGUGAGCCAGAAAAAGUACAGAGAGGAGGCGGAGAAGACCAUGUCCCACUACGUUCCGGUUCUGGACACCCCGGAGAUGCAGAGACUUCAGUACCAGGUUGACCUAAAAAACAUAAAGGAAAUUAGGCUAACCCCUGGUUCAUGCUUUCGCCCCCCCCCCCGUCCCUCAAAGAUUCACUACAAGGAGGAUUUGGGAGGAGGAACGGCUUUGCCGGAGACCCCUGAGAUGGAGAGAGUUAAACGCAACCAGCGGAACAUUAGCACGGUACUCCACCGAAUUCAGUACAAGGACUGUGUGGGUCAGGGCACAGCCAUCCCAGAUCUGCCCGAGGUCAAGCGGGUCCGAGACACCCAGAAGAAUAUCAGUCUGGUAGAGAAACAGGCUGCCGUGGCCCCUCCUCCAUCUUCAUUCCCCAAACUCUAA